CGCGACGCCAGUUACCACUCGCGGCCGUCCAGCCGCGCGUCCAACUACGAGCGCGACUACGAGCGCAGGCCGGCGGCCGACGCAUCGCUGCAGGACGACCCGGCGAAGGAGAGGUCAAGGUCGCGAGCCGACUACGACUACUACGGCAAGUCGCGCUCGAGGGACAUGGACCGUGAGCGAUAUGAGAAUUCGAAGUACUACGAGGAUUGGUACAAGCAGCAGGAGGCGUAUUAUCAAAAUUAUCCAUAUGCCGACCCGAGGGCUUAUUAUGAUUACUACCGCCAAUACGGCCAUAGCCGCCAAGACUCCGGUUACCUCGCCGAGAUGGCGUACUACGAUAGCAAUAAGUCCGCCAGCUACAUCGACCCAAAUAUGUCCUCUGCAGACUACUACCAGCAGUAUGACGACUUUGACAGGCGAUCGCAGCAUUCGUCCUACGUUGAUGACAGGGAUAGAAGUCGUUCUGGCAGUCGCUUGGGAUACGAAGAGUCUGACGGCUAUUCCGAGAGAUCUGAUGACGCCGUCGCCCGGCAGCGGCUGACGCCGCACAAGUUCCGCAUGCCGCACACGCUCGCGACGCUGACGCCGAGUGGGGCGCUGCUCAAGGUGCUGCCCAACAGUCCGGAGGACGGGCAGCCGGCGCGCGUCGAGCUUCACGACGUGCAGGGCUUCCUCGGCUCCUCCGCCGAGAUGGAGGAGAUGAGGGCCUUCCCUGGACCGCUCGUCAAGAGUGAGACACACAAGAAAGACGUUAUUAUUUUCUGCCAGAACAAGAUAAAGGAGUGUAAGGCGGACUAUGAACUGGUUGACAAGAGCUCUGCUGUUCUCUUGUGGGAACUUAAUGUGUUGCUCAUUCGACAGAAUGGGACCGUAGUUGGAACCGACAUAGCUGAUCUACUACUAGCAGACUACCAGAGGGAGCAUGAUGAUGAGCCUGUUGAGCAAUUAGAUGAUGUAGCACCAGUGUCGCCAUCUGGUAAAGAGGAAGAUGAAGAAUCAAAGGCAGCAGAGACUACCGAAGUUGUCACGGAGAACCGCACUGUGAUAAACAGGAAGACGCUCCUAAGCGAGGAGCAAGUGACGAAGAAGUUUCGUGAUCUUCUUCUCUACGGACACAAAAAGGAUGCGCUUGACUGGUCCAUGAAGCACCAUUCGUGGGGACAUGCCCUGUUCCUGGCAUCCAAGAUGGACGCACGGACAUACGCUAACGUCAUGACCAGGUUCGCAAACUCAUUGGCGCUGAACGACCCUCUGCAGACUCUGUACCAACUGAUGUCAGGAAGGCAGCCUGGAUCCGUUACGAGUGUGGCAGAUCAUAAUUGGGGAGACUGGCGACCCCAUCUGGCGAUGAUUCUGUCAAACGGCAGCGGACGAUCUGAUCUUGAUCAGCGCAGCAUAACGUCUCUCGCGGAUACACUUGCCGCCAGUGGCUGCCUACACGCAGCGCAUUUCUGCUAUCUGAUGGCAGAUGUUGGUUUCGGCACUUACAAGAAGAAGAUGUCAAAAUUGGUGCUGAUCGGCUCCAACCAUAGAUUGCCGCUUCAGCAGUUUGCAACAAACGAGGCUGUGCACUGCACGGAGGUAUACGAGUAUGCCAUGUCGCUGAGUAACCCCCAGUUUGUGCUCCCCGGACUACAGGCGUACAAGUUCAUGUAUGCGUGCAGGCUCGCCGAAUUUGGAUUUCUCCAGGAGGCUCUUCACUAUUGUGAAGUACUAACACGUGCCUUCCAGCCAGCGCCAGCACUCUAUAGCGAGAAUCUUGUCGCCCAAGUAUACGAGCUGGGCAGUCGUUUGAAGUACCACGACCCACAUUACACACAUGGAGAGGGGGAGAUCACCUACAUGGCCGACCCAGACUGGUUGACCAACCUCAGCAGCAUAUGCACGGCUUUCAAGAUCGGUACUAUCCACCACAUUGAGGAGACUGAAGCUAAUGCUCCGUGGACGGGUGAGGCCGUCUCUCAGCCAACCUCCGAGUCGGUGUCAACGUCGACGUCGGUGCAGGAUGACAUGAACAUGAUGACCAGCGAACAUUACGCGCAAGAGCAAGUUCAUCAGUACCAGAGUCACAGCAGACACACGUCUGGGCAGCAGCAGGUGUAUGAGCAGACUGGGGCACCUGGCCCUACAGAUGGAGCUGGCUAUGACUACAGUCAGUACAAUCAGUACUAUCAGCAGCAGCAGCAAGGGCAGUACUUCACUCCCCCGGGUAACUAUGGUGAGGGAUACGCAGGCUCUUCCGCUGAGCAGCAGGUGGCAGCGGCGUCGGAACAUAGCGCCAGUGCCCCGUCUAGCCCUCGCACACCUGUAGCAGACACUACUGGAGGUGCAGGGUUUGACUACUAUGGCAUGGCCACACAACAGAGUCUAGGCGAGCACCAGAAUGAGAAUUUGACUAGCGAAUACCAGGACGAUUUAGUUUCUGGAUUCCAAACUCCACCUGACAGCCCAGGCUCUGCGAAGACGCUGACAGCAUCCAGUCCAGAGCCAGGAAAGAAGGUAGAGAGUCCUACUGAGCACAAAAAGAAAGAGCACAAAAAGCAUGAUAAGAGAGGUUGGUUUGGUGGGAUUUUCAACUUUGGCGGCUUCAAAGGAAAGAAUGAGAUGAAACUACCAGAGGACAAGAAUCCAAGUAUUGUGUGGGAUGCUACGAAAAACCGCUGGGUAAACCAAGAUGGCGACGACGAAGAGGAAAAGCCGUUCGCGCCACCGCCAAAGGAUUCAGACAUGAUGGGUGGCAGCAUGGGUCCAUAUGACCCACUCCCAGCCGUGCCAGUUCCGGCAGCUUAUGACCCCGUGCUGACCCCUGCUGUGCCAGCUGCUUCAUACACGCAGCAACAAGGGUUAGAUGCCAAUCAGCAGGCGCCACAGCCCACACCAGCGCCACCUGCAGGCGGUGUAAACAGGUUCAAGAUGCGUGGCGGAAAAGGACCCAGAAGCAAGUAUGUUGAUGUGUUGAAUCCUACAGGCGCACCAUCUUCUGGACAGCAAUCUAUAGCACCACCCAACUUGUUUCCUACUAAUACGUCCUCACCAAUGAACUUCUUUGUUCCGACACCAGUUUCAGCUGAGAGCACUGGCGACAGUGGUGCAGUAGACUAUGUGGGUUUGGCGCAGGCAAGCACGACCGAUGCAGCGAGCCAUCCCCAUGCGGACUCUCAACCGCAAGUGGCGAACCCUGCCCAGGAUGGGAACGUGCAGUCCUACUACCAGGAUGGUCACGCGCAGGGAACGAACGCGUACGCACCACAGGGCGUCCCCGGUUACGCGCCGUCGCCAGCCACGGACGUUCCACCCUCACCCGGGGCCACGCCCCAGCAGCACAAUCACGAAGUGGCGCCACCUGGUGGUCAGAAUUACGCUCCAGCUCACGACGUGUACGCCCAGCCGGUGCUUCAGCAGCCGCCGGCGAUCGGAAACCCGGGGUCGCGGCCUGGGUCGUCGACCGGGCCUGAUUCGCCGCUCGUGCACCAGUGGUACACGCAGCGUACGCGCACGUCUUCUAUCUCAAUGCCAGACGAAGAGCCGGGCGAGCGCGAUGAUGCCGAGCUAUCUCGGGCUAGUUCCCAAAGCUCUCUGUCCAGUGAGGUGCAGAGGUACAUGGUCCCUGAUAAGAAGUCAGAACCAGCAGCGCCGCCCGGGCCGACCCUAUUCGACCCGGCUCAGUUCACGGCACCUAUCACAAACUAUGCUCAGCAGCCGACGGGCAGGAUGAAGUAUGGUCAAAGACGUGCCUACCCUCGUUGACCACUGCUUCUAAUUAUCUAGGGAAUAUUAAUGGGGGGAGGGGGUAACCGCCGAGUUUUUAGCUCGUUCAAAUGUUGUUGAAUAUGCGGUAGAGAGUCGUGCACCCGAAACCUGAAAAUUAAUGUGUAAGAUUUUUAAGAAGUUUCACUGAAAUCGUGAUUCUUGUCUGAAACGCAGAUGCCUUCUUAUUGCGACUUUAUGCCGAAUAAUUGAAGCCGUAAUGGGCGCGUCUGUAUGGUGUUUGUGUGUGAAAGUUAUUACUUGAUUUUCACUGGUUUUUAAUUCUAACGCCUGUAGUUAACCAUUUACACGAGACUGGGUUAUGUUGUAUGCAAUAUGCUGUAUGUCAACUUGCUUAACUGUUGCACCGCUCCCGACAUUGACGUCUGAAAUUUAGUGGGACGUAGCACUAACCCAUAUAGACAUCGCUGCAUCUCUCUAACGUUAUUGUGAAGAAUGGAUGGAAUUCAGUAUUUAUCAUUGAACUAGAAACUGGAAGUCAUAUUUAUUACCUUAGGGCAAAACAUUAUUUUGGCUCCCUUUGGCCUUAAGCCAAGGAGCGCCUGUGUAAUUGCCGUUGGCACGGAUAUGUGUGCGCUGCCUGUACGCGGGUGAGCGUGUAUUUAGCGGGCGCGUGUUUGCUGAUGGGGUGCUUCGUGCGACUUGUACGAUGGAAUAGCUACGUUUUAUCAUGUACGGUGUGAUGGAUAAAGUGAAAUGUAUAUUUUGGUGACAGAGUCGUUAGUAAAUUGCGUGUAACCUAGAAUAGAAUAUUGAUCUGCUGAAGGCAUUAUCUGUUUAAAUAACGCAUGCCACAUGUCAUUCAGCUGCAGAUACGCCGUGUUAUGUAUUAACCCAUGGUCAGGCUUCCCUGACGAGGAAGUCUGUGAAAGGAUCCAAAUGGCUGACAUCAUGAAUACCUGUGUAUAAUGAAAUUGGGGGGUCGAUUGAAUUCACCUGCGUUACACGGCGCAGCACGAGUAUAGGUAAUGCGUGACGCUAUUAUGUAAGGGAAGCUAUGAUAUUGAUCACAGUUCACAUGAUUUGGCACCAGUCACGGUUAGCUGCGCAUCUGUGCGUGCGUGUACGUGGAACUAUGAUUCGUGUUGUCAGAUUAUGAAAAAUAAAUAUUUGUUGAUUAUUAUUAUUAUUAGGUAA